AUGUAAUCAUAAAUUUCUGGCGAUUUAGAAGCUUAAAUAAGGAUCGCCAAUGAGUAAAUAUCUAUUGAAUAACCACUUAUGGAGUAGGAGACAGAGGAUAGAAAUAAAGAAUAGGAGGAGGAAUUGACUGAGGAGCAGAAGGAAAGAAGAAGAAAAAUAUUGGAAGUUCAAUUGGCUAAUAAAAGAUUAUUAUAUAGUAUUCAUAAUAAGGAUAUGGAAAUCUUUAGAGUGAAGAAAGAAAUUGAGGAUCAAAAAUAAUUAUUAGCUGAGCUUUAAUAGUAAGAGUAAGAAAUUGUUAAUGAUUCUUAUUUAUCUCACAGAGCAUUGGUUUCAUAUGAUACUUAUUUAAGAGGAACACUUAGGGAGUAGGAUAGAAAAAUAUAUGAAUUAGAAUUAAAUAAUGCAGAUAUAAGUGAAAUAUCUGCCAGAAUUGAAAAAAUAAAUAAAGAAUAUGAGAGAAAUAUUUAACCUCUUGUUGUUGGAGAUUUUAAAACUUAAAUAGAUGCAGAUAUUAAGAGUUCAAAAAAUUAAAUUGAUGCAUUGAGAAAUUAAUUUAAAGAGAUUGUAGAUGAUAUUGUUAAAUUACAUGAAAAACAUCUUGAUAAUAUAGACAUGUAUUCAACUUUAUAGAGAUAAUUAUAAGUAAUAUUAUUAUAUAUAUUUAAAAGGAAUAAUUAUUAGCAAAUGAAUAAUUAGAUUAUGAAUUAAGUCAAUUAAAAAAGAGCAAGGAGUAAAGUUGA